CUUAGAGCAUCAUUCUCAGCAAAAAGGAAACGAUAUGAAUGUGUACAAACUGGCCUUAUCUGUGUAACAUUUUGGAAUUACUGAAAAUCACAUUAUUGUCAUGUUGCUAGUCUAAAUAUGAGGCUGCAGCUGUUUUUUCUAGAUUAGCAUAAACUCACAAGGAACAACACAUGUUAAGUUGGUAUUCAGAGGCAUGUUUUAGUCCACUUGGUUAGAGACAGGCAGCUUAUCCCCUGGGGCUUAGCACUGGUGCCUCACAGCAGGAAGCAAAAAUUCUGUAGAGUUUGCAUGUUCUUUUCAUGUCUGUGAGGGUUUUCCUGCAGGUAAUCCACUUUCCGUCCACAUUUCAGAGACAAAUAUGGAGACUGUAAAUUGCCCAAAUGUGUAAAUGUGAGUGUGGGUGGUUGUUUAUGAAUGUAAACGACCACUGGAGACUCAUAAAGUAUGCACCAUGCCUCUCACCCAGUGUUAGCUGGGCCCCUGCAACCGUCAAAGGAUGCAUAAUGGAUGGAUGGAUGGUCUUGUUUGCAGUAAUGCAACCUUGAACUUCUAUGAAUUGUUUUCAGCCUGACACAAAUGUGUGAUAUACCUGCCAUGUGUUGCAGUAACUUCCAGUCUUAAUCACAGUCAGUGAACUAUGAUAUAAUGUUAAAAAUCUGAAUAGGCCCCAGUUAUGGUUAUGAAAACCAUACAAAACACAGUACAUCAGUUCAAGAAAAAGCUAAACUUGCAACUAUCUGUCUUUUUACACAAAUUGAUAUGAAAGACAAUAUGACAGUCUUUUAAUUAGCAGGACUGUCCAUGCAAAUGUUUGAAAUGUCAAUGAGUCAUUUGUUUCCUGUUUUUACACACACACACUUGCAAAGGCAACUUGACUCUCCUGCCGAGCUUCUGAUCGUGUUAAAGGCUGCCAGUACAUUUCAACACUUGCCCAUUUUAAAUAUUUAAGGGAGAAAUUCUGAUAGCUAUCAAUUCCACAUUUCAAAGUACAUUUAGAUUUUAAAGUAUAUCAGUAGCAUUUUCUUCUGUUGUUUUCUAACUCAUCUGUCUUAAUGGUCAUGUGGAUGGAAUCUAAUGCUGCUGUUUGGAUGCGCAGAUCACCCACGGUGGAAAAUGUUAUUUAUGUAUGCAAAGCUUGUCUCUAAAGGCUCACUCUGUGUAGUCAACACCUCACAUGAAGUGGACCAGGCUGCAGAAUGCAUUUAAUAUUUUCUUUGAUUAAUCAUUGCAAAGGUUUCAGAGUAAUUAACUAAAUCAAGAGAAAUUGUGUCACUUGAAACUGUGUCAGAAGGAUGGCGGCGCCCUAAUUAAUGGUCAUUCUAGCCCUAGCUUUGAGUUACACAGGAGCUGACUGUCAACCAGAUAACCUUCUUAGAGGAAUGUCACCUGUCUCAGUCUCAGGCACGCAGACUGCUGCUUGUGCUUGUGGAUUUAUUAGCCCAGUUCUCAAGGACCAUUUCAAUUGCCUCUAAGCAAUGUCUAUAUAUAUUAUUUAAAAUAAUGUUUUUUUCCUUUUUCAUAUUGUGAUUUGGAAACCUUUUAAUAGGAUGGCUUCUGCAAAUGGAAAGGUUGAAAAAGUGUCCAAAUUUGAGACUUUAAAACUUCUGGAGAAAUGCAGAAAGGAACGAGAUGAUGCCCUGCACAGAGAAAGCAUUCUCAGAGAGAAAUUCCGACAGUAUGAGUCAAGGUUGCGUUCAACUGAAGCUCUGAAACAAAAACUGAAAUCCUUCACCAUGGACAACAAAGAGCUGAGGAAACAAGUGAAGGCACUUCGCACUGAGAUUGGACUUGAAUGCAGCCCCAAGUUCAUUGGGAAGACCACGAAGGACAUCAUCAAUGACUUGCAAGAGAAGGAGCAUGAGUGCAGUUUGUUGGUGGAGAAGGCUGGGAAACUGAGCUUGACCAUUGAUGAUUUGACAUCAGAGCUGGCAAAUACAGUCACCUCUAAAACUCUUUUGGAGGACCAAGUUCAGUCACUGCAGCAAAACCUAAAGGACAUGACCAAUAAUCAGCGCCGUUUGCUGAAGUUGUGGGAAGACAAGAAGUCCCAGAGGGAACAGCUUGCCCUGCCUGCAAUUCCUCAGAAACCAGGACAGAAACCAUUUGUCCAUCAAGCAGCGCAAACUGAGAUGUCCAUUAGUUCAUCACAGAAGCUCCCAGUCAAUGCUUUUGAGAACAAGCCAUUCUCUCGAGACAGUGACAGAAGGACAGUUGUAGAAAAGCACAGUUUUCCAACUUACGGGAAUGGCUACCUUCCUGAUAACAAAUCUUUAAUGCGUGACGAACCUAAUGGAAUUCAGAACUGAUUUGACUCAGAGGAUUUACACUAAUAACAUUGUAUUUUUUUAAGUUAAUGUUUUCAUGAAAAUGAAAGA